GAAAGGAACGUUGCUGAAUCAGAAUUCCACUGACCACUGAUCGAAGCGCUCAACAUGAACCGUUCAAAGAUUCUGUUUUCAAUUUUGCUAGCAUUAUGCACCGUUCAAACGGUGUUAUCGUUAUCGUGCUUCUCGUGUGACCACCUGGACGAUGACGACGUGUGUGAGGAAAACUUUAUCGAAUGUGAUGCCGCGACUGCUGCCAGUGGCAUGCUGCGGGUAGCCGCCUUCAAACCCUCAAUCCAGAUGAUUCAGUCCACCAAUUUUCGCUGCUUUCAUCUGUUGAUUGAGGAAUCAGCCGACAGGCAGUACCGGUCGAUGGGCUGUUCGUACGAUAGUGUUGAUGUGUGCCAGGGAGAACCGCGCAUCGGUAGACAGGUUGAAUGCAGAUGGUGUAAUGAUCGCGAUGGAUGCAAUUCUGCCGGCAGUUUCAAGGCCAGUACAUUGCUCAUAGCAGGACUUGCGCUAGUCGGCCUGGUGAAAAGAAUACUGUAGCAGCAUUAUAAAAUAUCUGCAUUUAAUUUAUGUAUCAACGCGUGUUGCUUACGGAUUAACGUGGAUUUAUUAAAUCGUAAAAUUGCAACGAUACAUAUGUUUCAGUGAGUGUAAAAUAAAUUGUAUUUCCCGUUCGUCUAAAACAC